AUGCAAUCAGAUAGUUCAAGUUGUUUAACACAAUCUGGUCUUACAUCGUUAGCAACAUCCAUUUCAUCUGAUGAAGAAUGGGCAUUCGAGCCAACAUUAUCGAAUAAUGAUUUUAAGAAAUUUAAACAUGUUCUUAAUAUUGAUUGGAAACAACGAUUCUCGAUUUCUCCUCAAAUUAGUCAUUCUGCUUCACCUCAACCGUUUGACGAUGAUAUCACAUAUCGUAUACAUCGAAGAAGUAUCUUAUCCGAUUCUUCUAAUAAUUUAAAUUAUUCUUGUCGUAAUCACUCAUCAUCUCCAAAAUUACGUUAUUAUUCAUCUUAUAAACAACAACGACCUCGACGUCCGUUAUCAUUUGAUAAUGGUGAUUUUGAUUAUUCUUAUACAAAACAUCAUUAUCAUUUAGAUAAUAAUACGGCGUACAUUAAAUUAAAAAAUUUUACAGAACGUUUACUUGAAAUUGAACGUAAAGCACGGGAAAAAAGAUGGAUUAAUAAUCAAACAUCUACAAAUAAAAAUAUUCAAAAAUCAUCGACAUCAAAUAAUCGAAAAUUUAGUAGUGAAUAUACUGAAAAAAUAAAUAAACAGUAUGGUUUAUGUGUACAAGAUGUUGUUAAUUGUUUAAAUCGACGACGAAAUUCAAAAUCGAUAACAACUACCAUAGUAAAUGAAGUACAAAUGGAAACAACAUCACCAACGACAACAGAUCGUAAUGCGGAUAAUGGAAAUAUUUUUAAUCGCUUUUUAAAUGAAAAACGAAAACGAUCAUUAAAUUCUGACGAGCAAAGUAUUACACUGACGCAAAAUCCAUUGAUUGCACACAGUUUAUCAAACGGCGAUCCUCGUUUGAAGAAUUGUGUAGCCAGUACUCCUUUUCAUGAUGAUACAGACGUCCGCAAAGCAAAAAUUCGAAGAAUUCAAAGUGACCCAGUUUUAGUUAAACAAUCACGCCGUUCACCAAGGCAAAAUCUUCGAAAAAUAAAAACAAUGCCAGCAAUGAUGAUUACCAAUUAUACAAUGCUGAAACUCAAGGAACAAAGUAACUCGUUGCCGACCGAAGUAAGCACUGUGAACGAUACAGAUGCCUAG